CAUCUUCAUCGGGUUGAUCCCACCUUCACAUUCAUCCUUAUCUUCACAAACUAUCCCCACUUUCAACUUCUCUCGCUCAGUACAAUGUCGCCGGCGACCGCGAACUCGAAGUCUACUUCCACCCGCCCCGCGCUGGACGCUCUCUCCGGGCUCGCUGUGAAGAACGACCGCUAUUAUCUGAAGGAUCUCCUAGGCAGCGGCAGCUACGGUGCAGUCUACAAGGCGCUCGAUCUUCUCUCCGCCAAGGAACGUCCCAAGUUCUACGCCGUCAAAUGCCAGGUCAAGGCCGACCCUACCUCCCGCCGCGCUCUCUAUCAACGCCGCGAGUCUACGCUUCACGCCAUCGUCAGCGUCCACCCGAACAUCGUCACUCUCCGCGAGACUGUCGAAACACCGGACUAUCUCUUCCUCGUCAUGGACCUCUGCGAUGGACACGACCUCUUUGCUGCUAUCGAGUCUAAAGCCUUCGUCGGUCGCACAGAACUCAUCCAGGACGGCUACGCUCAGAUCCUCGACGCUGUCGCUUUCUGCCACAAAAACGGGAUCUACCACCGCGAUCUCAAGCCUGAGAACAUCCUCGUCUCGCUUGAUCUCCGCCGACUCUACUUGACGGACUUUGGCUUGGCUACGCGCGACCCGGACUCCGUAACCAUAGGCUGUGGAUCGGGCUACUACAUGAGUCCCGAAUGCCUCGGCAGCAAAGCCUUCCGCGUCGCCUCCUUCCCCAACGGGCCCACCGAUGUCUGGGCCCUCGGCGUCAUCCUCAUCGCCAUGUCCUCCGGCCGCCUCCCCUGGCUCCGCGCCGAGCUCACCGACGCGAACUUCGAGGCCUACAUCACGAACCCGUUCUACUUCGUUGAGGUGCUCCCGAUCACCAACUCUGUCAACGCGAUUUUGCGCCGCAUAUUCCGCACUAGACCGGAGAAACGAAUAUCGAUCGGGCAGUUGAAGGAGGCGGUUAUGAACCUGGAUACGCUCUACGUUGAGGGGCAUGAGGUGCGGGAGUUUUUGGAGAUGGGGGAUCCUGGAGCAGAGGUAGGGGACGGCGAGGUGGAUAUUGCGGACGGGUGUGUGCAUGCGCCGAUGUCGCCCGCCGUGGUGGGGAGCGAGUCGGGUGGUGAUGAGGGGAGCGAGUUGGACGAUGACACCGACGACGACUCGGAGGGUGUUAUAACGCCCGAGACGUUCCCUGUCAUGCCGCAGGACUCGGUGCCCGAUGACCCGCUCGAUGCGCCGGUCACGGUCAAGGGUGUGGCGAACCACCCGCUGGCCGACGAUUUCGACCACCCGCUCCAAGACUCGCCCUACCUCCAAGCGGAAUCGCCCCUCCUUCAAGUCGAAUCGCCCUACCUCCCGCAGGUCGUCGCUGGUGAUGGCAUUGCGGAGGUCCUUGAAGAGGAGGUCCGGAGGAUGUUUGCGGGUGGGGAGGGGAAGAAGGUGGCUGGUCCUCGAGCUCGACAUCCGGUCGUCCAGCAUGGCGGUGUUGGGACGAAGGAUACGAAGGCGCACCAGGGCGUCGCCGGUCCUCGAGAGCCAAUCAUGACGCGUGGACGCAAGGUCGCCCUCGACGCUCGGGCGAAGAAUGCUGCCCUCGAAGCGCGAGCCACGAACGCUGCCCUCGAAGCUCGUGCGAAGAACGACGCCGCGGAGCAGGCCAUCUACACCCGUGCUAGGGCAAGCGCCAUCGCCUUGCGCGCCAGGCAGGACGCUGCCGAGCUGCGCGCCAGGAAGGGCGCCGCUGGUGCAGAUGCGCGGAAAGGCGCGGCGAAUGUGGGCGCGAGGAGGGGUGAGGGCGUGGGCGUGAAGAGGGAUGAGGCCACUAGCCACACGAGGGGCGGAGGCAUCAACCUACGCGCCAGCGCCCUCGACGCCGCUCAGGCCCGCGCUAGGAGGCGUCUCGCCGACCUCGCUGCGCGGGCAGCCGACGCGGGUGUGGAGAUUGACGAUCCUGUACUUCAGAUUCGCCACGGUGCUGAGUGCGGGGCUGGUCUCCGUUUGCGGUCGUUAGAGUAGUCUGGCGAGCGCUGUAUAUCUUUUGUUUGUAUACAGUACUACCACACCUUCCUUGCAAUGCAACGUGGGC